AUGGUGGUGUCUGCAGCGGCAGCAGAGGCCAAGAAGGGAUCUCCAGUUGUGGUGGGCCUGCUGGUCAUGGGCAACAUCAUUAUUCUGCUGUCAGGCCUGGCCCUGUUUGCCGAGACAGUAUGGGUGACAGCUGACCAGUACCGUGUGUACCCACUGAUGGGCGUCUCGGGCAAGGAUGAUGUCUUCGCUGGUGCCUGGAUCGCCAUCUUCUGUGGCUUCUCCUUCUUCGUGGUCGCCAGCUUUGGUGUAGGUGCCACUCUCUGCCGCCGCCGGUCCAUGGUCCUCACGUACCUGGUGCUCAUGCUCAUCGUCUUCAUCUUCGAGUGCGCCUCGUGCAUCACGUCCUAUACCCACCGUGACUACAUGGUGUCUAAUCCAUCCCUGAUCACCAAGCAGAUGCUGACCUUCUACAGCGCGGACACGGAACAGGGCCAGGAGCUGACCCGCCUCUGGGACCGUGUCAUGAUUGAGCAAGAAUGCUGUGGCACAUCUGGUCCCAUGGACUGGGUGAACUUCACGUCGGCCUUCCGGGCAGCCACUCCAGAGGUGGUGUUCCCCUGGCCCCCACUGUGCUGUCGCCGGUCAGGAAACUUCAUCCCCCUCAAUGAGGAGGGUUGCCGCCUGGGCCACAUGGAUUACCUGUUCACCAAGGGCUGCUUCGAGCACAUCGGCCAUGCCAUCGACAGCUACACGUGGGGCAUCUCGUGGUUUGGGUUUGCCAUCCUGAUGUGGACGCUCCCGGUCAUGCUGAUAGCCAUGUAUUUCUACACCACACUCUGAGGGACAAGAGGGGAAGGCCACAUAUGCACCCCAGCCUCCUCCACGUCCUCCUCCUGCUUCAUCCACUGGGGCCUGGAUGGCUGCCUCACCUCUCC